CUGUCAUCAGUCAGAGCAGUGGACACUGAAAUACCUCCACCAGGACCUCCAACAUCUGGUUUGGCUUUGGGAUAUUUGACAACCUUUUGUCAGCUCAGAAACUUGGAAUCAAUCUCUCUCUGUUUCUCUUUUCUUGCUGGAUUUUUUUAUGGUUAUGUGCAGAUUUACGAUGGAGAAUUAAAAUGGUGAGGAAGAAAAAGCUGCUGGUGUUUGAAAUUUGUGGAAGCAUGAUGUGGGAUGGAUAAACAACAACAAAACUCUACUAUGGCCUCUAAUGACCCUGACCUUCCUGACCCCACUGGUGACCCCCAGCCUGGUGACCUCAUUGAGAUCUUCAGACCAGCCUAUCAGCACUGGGCUCUCUACCUGGGGGAUGGUUACAUCAUCAACUUAACUCCUGUCGAUGAGAGCCAGGCGGCUGCCAUGUCCAGUGUGAAGUCUGUCUUCAGCCGGAAGGCAGUGGUGCGCAUGCAGCUGCUGAAGGAGGUGGUGGGAAGCGACUCGUACCGUGUCAACAACAAGUACGACCACAAUCACACACCCCUGCCCGUCUGUGAAAUCAUCCAGCGAGCACAAGUCCUCAUUGGCCAGGAGGUGUCUUACGACCUGCUGGGGAGCAACUGCGAGCACUUUGUUACCCUUCUGCGCUACGGGGAGGGGGUGUCUGAGCAGGCUACAAGGGCCAUUGGGGCCAUCAGUUUGGUGACGGCAGCAGCCAGUGCCUUCUCUGUCCUGGGACUGAUCAACACCCGAUCCAGAAACAGGCCUUUCUGACAGCUGUGGUGUUCACUGAAGGGUGUUGUCUCCCAACAUUCAUGCGGCUGGGAUUUAAAAAAAAAUAAAAUUAAAUAAAUAAAGCAUUGAUAAAAAUGAAAA